UUAAGUCAGGCAUGGCGUCCUUCCCCCUGCCUGCGCCACAGAAGCUUCAGGCAGAGGUGAGCGCUUCAGAGCCUGGCGAUGGUCAGGACAUGGACGGCGAUGGCCAAGGUACAGGGCGGUCUCGUAGCACCUCGGUUGGCAGCUCGCAGAAAAGCCUAGGCAACGAGCCAGGCCUGCCAGGUGUAUGGGUAAAUCCGCCGGAUGCGACCGGGCUCGACUCGCUUGACGCUGCUUGCAGCUCCGGCACCAAAGAAACGGCAUGGAAAGGCUACAGCUAUGAAGGCUCAGAAGGCUACAUGGCCCAUGGGGCCUUUGGAGCCUAUGGGCCAAAGAUGUUUGAUGUGUUUGGCUUGGGGCUGGACCGUUUGGACCCUGUUGGCCAAGGGCCUCAGUUGCCUGUGCCUCUCCCUGCAAAGGCUACGACUUUCGACGACUUUCUCUCACCUACAGGCUCUCAGCACUCUGAGGCACCCCCAGUUGCACCGCCCGGUUUGACACUACAUCCACUCGAACCACUCGAUCCACUUGAUCAGCUUGAUCCACUUGACUUUGAUGAUGGACUUGAAGCCCCCUGUGGCGACAUGGGCCAAAUGCAGAAAGCUCUUUGGCAAGCCUUGGAGGAGCCAAUGGCAGAGAUGGCUCCUAUCACUCCAGGUGCUGUGGCAUACACACCACCAGCCACAUGGCCUCCGCGCACUCUGAAUCCCGUCCCCUCUGUGGGGUCAGCCAGUCAUGGCAGUGGCCAAUGUAAGCCGUGUGCCUUUCAUCAUACCAAGGGCUGCCAAUGUGGUGCCAUGUGCACUUUUUGCCAUUUGUGCCUGCCGGGGGAGAAGAAGCGCCGCCAAAAGGAGAAGCAGCAAGCAGCCAAGGCCAAAGCAAAGAUUCGAGACCUGAACUGAGAGCAGUGAGAGCUGGACAGGUUAAGCUCACAGCAGGUGACUCUUUCACAAGGAAAGAGCUGGCCAUUCCACUGUAUUCCAG